AUGUCUACUCCGAGCGGGGAUGACGGCCUCAAACAUGACGGCGGCAAGGAGUUGCAGCCAUCAAUUGCGGCGAAUGGAGCCGAUAGCAGCUCUGACAAACCCGUCAGCUUUAGCAAUGAGGUCUAUGACUCGUCUCGAGUCGAUCCUGUCCUCGCAGAAAAGAUGGUCCUCGUCAAUACGGCAAUCGACGAGAUUGGGAUGACUCCAUUCCAAUGGAAGCUAUUCUUUUUCAAUGGGUUUGGAUAUGCGGUUGAUUCGAUCGCUGGCGUUGCGCUGGCUUCUCAAAUCGGACUGUUAGCAGGAGCAGCUAUCUGGGGCUUCACUGCCGACAUCAUCGGCAGGAAGCUCGCCUUCAAUAGUAGUCUCUUCAUCUGUGCUGCCUUUGUCUUGAUCGCUGGAGGCAUGCCAAACUACAUCUCCUUCUCCGCUAUGGUUGCCAUCUAUUCAGCGGGAGCAGGAGGCAACUACGUCCUCGAUGCCACGAACUUGCUAGAGUUCCUGCCCGUCACCCACACCUGGCUGGUGACGUUCAUGUCCAUCUGGUGGGCCGUCGGCUAUACCAUCACAGGGCUGCUAGCAUGGGCGUUUAUGAGCAACUUCAGCUGCCCCUCUGACGCUACGCCUGCCACUUGCUCCAGGUCCGAAAACUGGGGAUGGCGAUACCUGCACUUCACCGCCGGGAGUCUGGUGCUCAUCCUCAGCGUCGCCCGACUGCUCUUCAUCCGCAUGAAGCAGACGCCUCGCUGGCUCAUUGCCCAGAACCGCGACGCGGACGUCUACUCGGUUCUCAAUGAUCUCGCCCAGACGUACGGCCGCCCAUUCUCCCUCCGCCUCGAGGACUUGGAAGCCAAAGGCCGCGUCCUGCACACGGAAAACUCGCCAUGGUCGGCCAUCCGGCUCCGCAAGCAUUUCGGGGGCCUCUUUGAGACGCGUCCGCUCGCCUACUCGUCCCUCGUGAUCAUCGCCAACUGGUUCGUCAUCGGCAUGGUAUCGCCCCUCUACUCCGUCUUUCUCCCCUACUACCUCGCCUCCCGCGGCGCCGACAUAAGCGGCCCGCCAUCCAACUACACCACCUGGCGCAACUACGCCAUCAACAAGAUAUCCGGCCUGUUCGGCCCUAUCGUCGCGGGCGUCCUGGUCGAGACCAGGCUCUUCGGCAGGCGGGGGACCCUGGCGCUCGGCGCCCUGAUCACCAUGGUGCUGCAGUUCGGCUACACGCAGAUCAAGACGCCCGCCCAGAACGUCGGCGUCAGCGCCGCCAUCUCGGCCGCGUCGAACAUCUACUACGGGACUAUCUAUGCGUACACGCCCGAGAUCCUCCCGAGCGCGCAUCGCGCGACCGGCUACGGGCUGUGCGUGGUGCUGAAUAGGGUUGGGGGCAUCGCCGGUGUGUUGAUCGGCAGCUAUGCGAAUGUCGAGACAACGGCUCCUCUGUUUGUCUGUGCCAGUUUAUUUGGGUUGCUGGUCGUGUUGAGUUUGAUGUUGCCUUUUGAGAGCAGGGGCAAACGAAGCGUGUAA